AUGGAACGAUCCCAAAGCGUUGAAGUUUGUACCGUUUGCCAUGAACACAUGGAUAUUUUGGCCAUUGGUGCUUGUAAUCAUCCAAUUUGUUACAGGUGUUCCAGCAGAAUGAGAAUUCUCUGUGAACAGAUGUACUGUCCUAUUUGUCGAGGACAUCUUCAAAAGGUUUUAUUUGUGAAACAGUAUGAUAAGUUUGAGAAAGUGAACACUGAGAAUUUUAAGGAGGAGAUUAAAUUUAUUUAUUUAGAAAGUGAAGAUGUAGAGAAGGCUUUUAAACAGUUAUUGACCAUCCAGUGUAAAAAAUGUCCGAACAGACCAGCUGAUAAGUCUAUUGAUAGUUUGCGAGAUCAUCUGAGAAAGGAACACACGCUAUUCUUAUGUGAUCUUUGUCUCAAUCAUUUAAAUAUAUUUCCAUUCGAGAGAAAGUUUUACAAUCGUAAAGAUUUAGCAACGCAUCGUCGAGUUGGAGACGCUGAUGACAAAUCGUAUAAAGGUCAUCCAUUAUGUGUGUUUUGUGAUGAACGUUACAUGGAUAAUGAUGAAUUGUUAAGACAUCUACGUAAAGAUCAUUAUUUCUGUCAUAUUUGUGAUGCGGAUGGGUCAAAUGACUAUUAUAAUGAUUAUCCAGACCUCAAAACCCAUUUCCGUGAUUCUCAUUACCUGUGUGAAGAAGAGGAUUGUGGGAAUCCAACCACUCAGUUCACAAACGCGUUUCGUAAUAGUAUAGACUUCAAGGCUCACAAAGCUUCUCACCAUACUAAAGGCAUGUCUAAGUCACAGAUACGUGAAGCUAGUCGUUUGGAGAUAGAAAUUCAACUCCCACCUAGACGACAGGGCAGAGAUAGAGGUAACUCUUACCUAUUUUUCAUAUUGGUGUUCCUUGGGCCUUAUUUAAAGUUGAAUAUUUAA